AUGUCCGACGCGUUGGCUAUCGUUAUAUCAUUUUGGGGUUUUGGUUAUGAUUCAUCUACUGACGAUUACAAGAUUGUGUUAGGGAUAUAUUUAAAGUCCGUGACUAAUAUUCAUGUUUUAAGCUUGAAAACUAAAGUUUGGAAAUUUCUUGGAUCACAGCCUUGUAUGCUUACCACCAAAGCUGCUACCUUUUUCAACGGUGUGCUUCAUUGGCUUAUGGUUAAUCAAAAUAGUGAAAGACGUAUCCUUACUUUCGAUUUAUCUCGUGAGGAAUUCAAAGAAUACCGACUUCGUGGAGUUGUUCCUGAUCCUAAAUUGGGGGUUGCCAAAGGAUGUCUAUGCCUAUUCAGUUCUUGGGAAUUUCCUUUUAAGACCGUAUGGUUAAUGAAAGAAUACUAUGUACAACAGUCGUGGACACUUGUGCCUUUUGUUCCUGAUGAGAGGGAUGAUGAAAAGGAGGCUAUACACUUCUACGAUCUGGACAAGAAGUACCCUCGAAAUAAAGGUGUGUUUCACACUGAUCACAUCAUCAUGUCCUCAACAUGGGAAGCUCUUCUUGACCCUAUAUUUGUUCCUAGCCUUGUAUCUCCCCGUGUAAUUUACACGAGUAGUCUGAAGAGAAAGAGGGAGCCGGCUGAGAACAAUGAUACGGCGGCCAAGGUUUAA